CACCCUUCUCGAACCCUGACCUAAUCACCACCUCGCUCUUUGCAUUUCUUGAUUUCUCCUCGAUCACCUAGUAGUUGAUCGAGCAAUGGCGGCCAAGGUGCACCCCAACCUGGCCGUGCCGUCGCUGAUCCAGCCGCCGAUGGCGCCACCGGCGGCGAUGGCGGCGGGGGACAGCGUGAUGAAGACGAAGGCGGCGGCGGCGGGCGGGGAUGUGGUGCUGACGGUGUGGAGGAAGUCGCUACUGUUCAACUGCAGGGGGUUCACGGUGUUCGACGCGAGCGGCGACCUGGUGUACCGGGUGGACAGCUACGCGGCGGACUCGCGCGCGGAGGUGGUGCUCAUGGACGCCGCGGGCGUGCCCGUGCUCACCGUCCGCCGCAAGAAGGCGAUCGGCAGCCAGCUCGGGCUUGGGGGCGACCAGUGGCUGGUCCACCCCGGGGAGGAGACCCGCCUCCCGCCGCUCUACGCCGUGAAGCGGACGCCGCAGUACGUCCGCGGCGGCGGCAGCGUCAAGACCAUGGCGCACGUCGCGCCCUGCGGCGUCGCCCUCGGCGCCGGCGGCGGCGGUGGCUACGAGAUCGAAGGCUCGUACCUGCGGCGGAGCUGCGCGGUGUACGACGCGCGGCGGCGCGCGGUGGUGGCGGAGGUGCAGGCGAAGGAGGCGGUGGGGACGGACGUGUUCCGGCUGGUGGUGCGGCCGGGGAUGGAGGUGUCGGUGGCCAUGGCCGUCGUGCUGGCGCUGGAGCAGAUGUUCGGCAAGCCCUCCCUGCUCAGGAGCUGGUCCUCCUAAUAAUUAGCCUGUUUCUUUCUUUCUCUUUUUUUUUCUUUUUUUUUUGGCCUUGAAUUUCCAACAUUGUUUGGGCCUGAGAGCAGAAGAGUUGCUCUUGGCUGCCUCUUUCUCUCUGAUCCUGAAAUGAAACCUCAAAUUGGGUGUCACUGUACACUGAAAAGAAAAUCCCUCUUGGUGAGUAUGGUUUUGGGUCUUUUUUUUAGCAGAAAACCAGAGGGAUGAAAGUGUAAAUAUUUCUAAGAAGAAGAAGAAGAAAAGGGGGUUAAUUAAAGCAGGAAAUUCUUCCCUGUC